AUGGUAUUGGAGAUUGUAGUUGCUAACUCUUUUACUUCUGUACAACCAGCUUGUCAUGAUGAUGAAAGCUCUGCCUUGAUGCAGUUCAAGGAUAGCUUUGCCAUUCACAAAUCUGCUUCUCUGUGUGAUCCUAAGGUUCUGCAGUGGAAAUCUCAUGGAGUAAAUUCAAGCAAUUGCUGCUUAUGGAAUGGAGUCCAAUGUGAUGGCAAGACUGGUCAUGUGAUUGGACUCGAUCUUAGUAGUAGCUGUUUAUUUGGCUCUACCAACUCUAACAGCACCCUUUUCAAUCUUGUUCACCUUCAGAGCCUGAACCUUGCUGAUAAUGAUUUCAAUUCCUCUGAAAUUCCUGUUGCUGUUGGUAAACUUUUGGGCCUUACUUACCUCAACCUCUCUCAUUGUUUUUUUUGGGGUCAAAUUCCUCUAGAAAUUUCACACUUGUAUAAGUUAUCACAUCUUGACUUGUCUUUCAAUCACAAUGAAAAUGUUCACUCAAUAAUUUCAAAAUUUAGAAGUCCCAAUUUAGGUAGCUUACUACAAAACCUAACUAAUUUAGAAGUACUUGAUCUCAGUGGAGUAGAUUUAUCAUCCAGGGUACCUGAUUAUCUUGCUAAUUUUACUUCUUUGACAUAUAUAAUGCUUUCUGAUUGUGAGUUGCAGGGUGAAUUUCCUUCUGGAGCUUUUCAAUUGCCAAACCUUAGAAUUCUAGAUGUAAGUUCCAAUGGCAAUCUCAAGGGCUAUAUUCCUGACUUCCACCAUAAAAGUCCUCUUAAAGAAUUGAAACUUGGUGGAAGUGGGUUUUCUGGUGGCUUACCUUCUUCAAUCAAAAUGCUUGACUCAUUGGAUCUAUUAGAUUUUCAGGACUGCAAUUUUUCAGGACCUAUUCCAUCUUCACUAGGCAAGCUUACCCAACUUACUUUUCUAGUCCUUUCAGAAAACAGUUUUAGUGGUCACAUUCCGCGUUCUUUUCAAAAUCUUACCCGCCUCACUAAAUUAGUUCUUCGUUAUAACCCACUAUUUGGUCCAAUCCCAUCAUUAUCUAACCUUACUAAUUUAAACCUCCUAGAUUUUUCAGAUAACCAGUUGCAUGGUCGUGUUCCACAAUCGUUAUCUAACCUCAUGAAUCUUGAGACUCUUUAUCUCCAUUCUAACAAAUUAAAUGGCGCUUUGGAAUUUGACAUGUUUUUCAGAAUGAAAAGUCUUGCAUACCUCGAUCUAGGUAGAAAUAAUUUAUCGCUACUUUUUAGCAAAGGAAACAAAAAUGUAACGAGCUCAAAAUUCAAGCUUUUAGCACUCGAGUCAUGCAACUUAAGUGAAUUCCCAUAUUUUAUUAGGCAUCAAAACGAGCUGGAGCGGUUGUCACUUGCUAAAAACCAGAUCUGCUGUGAAAUACCUAAAUGGAUGUGGAAGACAAGCAUAGACACUUUGGUCAGCUUCAGCAUUGAGGACAACUUGCUAACAGGCUUUCUGCCUGUAGCUCUUCCGUGGGUUAACUUACUUACAUUUGGUGUUUCAUUUAACAGGUUGCAAGGAACACUACCGAUUCCUCCACCAUCCAUUGUGUUCUAUAACGUGUCAAAUAACCUACUUAGUGGAGAAGUUCCAAUUAUGUUUUGCAAUCUGAGUUCUCCUUACAACCUUGAUUUGUCUAAUAACACAUUGGAUGGGAAUAUUCCAGAGUGUUUGGGAAACUUAAGCAGUACCUUGUAUGUGCUAAAUUUAAGAAACAACUUCUUUAAAGGCAUCAUUCCAAAAAUAUGCAACAACAAGGCAAGUAACUUGAGAAUAAUUUAUCUUAGUUAUAAUAAGCUGCAGGGGCAGCUGCCAAGAACAUUAUCCAACUGUAAGAUGCUUGAAGGUAUUGUUGUCUCCAACAAUCAGCUGAGUGACGUUUUUCCAUCUUGGUUGGGGUCCCUUCCAGUCUUGAAGCUUCUCAUACUACAACACAACGGGUUCUACGGUGUAAUUGAGAAACCUAAAGGUUAUAUCGGGUUCCCUGAGUUGAGAGUGCUUGAUAUCUCUUUCAAUAAUUUCACAGGUGAGUUGCCAUCUCAUUACGUUUCCAGUUGGAAUGCUAUGAAGGCCAUCGAUCCCCAUCCUUUUACAUAUUUGGGUGUGAUAUUUAAUUUUACUGUUCCGAAAACUGCACUGUACCAAGAUAAAAUUCGUUUUACAAUCACAAUUACAACCAAAGGGGUGAAUAGAUACUAUGGAGCCAUCCAAGAUAUCUUUGCUUUUAUUGAUAUGUCAAGCAAUAAAUUUGAAGGAGAGAUUUCUACACUUUUUGGGAAUCUAAAGUCCUUUCGCUCCUUAAAUCUCUCAAACAACAUGCUCACUGGUUGCAUCCCAUCGUCGUUGGGGAAUUUAACGGAACUUGAAUCAUUGGACCUUUCUCAAAACAAUCUUUCCGGAGAGAUUCCUCAACAGUUAAAGCAACUUAUGUUCCUUGCAAGCUUCAAUGUAUCAUACAACAAGCUUACAGGGCCUAUACCUCAAGGGAACCAAUUCAGUGCAUUCGAGAGCAGUUCAUUUGAGGGAAACCCAGGAUUGUGUGGAGAUAUAUUGUUUAAGAAAUGUGGUGAUUUAGAGCCCUUGUCACUGCCUCCUUCAGCUUUUGAAAAAAAUGAUGAUUUAGAGUCUAUGUUCAAAUUAGAUUGGAAAUUUGUGUUGAUAGGAUUCGUGAGUGGGCUGGUUGUUGGAGUAGCUCUUGGCGACAUGGUGAUCAUAAGGAGGCAUGGAUGGUUGGUUAAGAUGCAAUGCAAAAGGAGAAGGCGAAGGAGAUAUCAAAGAAAUUGA